AUGAUGCAGGAUGAUGCUAGAAAUAACAUGAAAAAAAAACGGGGAUCCGUAACGGUGCCAUUUUUGAGUUAUCGAAAUGAUAAAAGCUUCACGGACAGCAUCUCCCGAUUGAUGACAGUGCAUGCAUCGUUAUGUGACAUAGUGAUGCUCAUAAAUGCUGCUUAUGGUGUUGUUGCGCUUAUGAUUACAAUCACCUGCCUAAUACAUUUAAUCAUUACACCGUAUUUUUUAAUAAUGGAGGCUGAUGGAAGACGUGAACCACUGUUCCUUGCGGUACAAGGGUUAUGGUGCAUCUUUCAUAUCUGGAGAUUACUCAUGAUUGUGCAGCCUACAUACGCUACUACAACACAGGGAAAGAAAACAGCAGUUUUGGUCAGCCAAUUACUGUCAAUGAGUCCCGACAAAGAAAACAGAAAGCAAUUAGAGAUGUUUUCACUUCAGUUGCUACAUCGUCCGUUAGAAUUCUCAGCAUGUGGACUUUUCACUCUAGAUCGAACUCUUAUAACAUCAAUUGCUGGUGCCGUCACGACGUAUCUUGUGAUACUUAUACAGUUCCAAAAAGAAGACGAUACGAAAGGCAGUUUUGACAACAUCUUGAAGAACGCCACGCAGAUGUUAAAAAGAAGCUAUAACGCUUCAUAA